GUGUGAAGGCAAAGUGUUUGUUUGGAAACCCUGGUUACCCUAUAUCUAUAAUCACUUAUUUGAUUGUCACAAUUUAAAGUUUUUGUUAUUUUCAGUAAAAUUUUAUCGAGUUCAUAUUAAUUUUUUGGAUUGCACACGUUAAAUGUUGAUAUCAUUUGGAUUAAUUUUCAUUAUCAUUAUCUUCUAGUCAUUUCCUUCAUCCACAAUUUACUGACCUAAAAUGUCAGCUUGCUUUUGAUCUAGGUAAAUUCAGCAUGCAUUCAAAUUAUAUUAUUAGAAGUUAGCUAUGUCAAGAUAGCUAUAAAAAAUUAAUGUUUGACAGAACUUAGACACCGCUAAAGUUACUUCAAACACGAAACAUAUCCACUGAUUGCUAAAAGACAGUUUAAUAUACUUUUCUCCUCUUACCAGCCGCCUUCUAACACUCAGAUAUGAUGCGCAGUGCUCUUUAAUUAUACUUCGUUCUUUCCAUGAUUAUUUAUAUUUAUAUAAAUAACAAUAUUUGUCAUUGCACUCUUUAUUAUGAUAUAUAUAACCGCAUAUAGUCAAGAAAGUCUAUAAUACAACCACAAUAUAGAGUUCCUUUUACUUUCAUACUGCAGUGAUGGAAGAAGACAGAUCGACUUUGCCUCCUGGGUUAUGUUUUGCUCCGACCGAUGAAGAGCUUAUCGUUUAUUUUCUGUAUCAGAAGGCUGCAAGCUUGCCUUGCUACCCUAAUGUUAUCCCUGAUCUUAAUCUUUAUUCGCCCCAUCCUUGGGAAUUAGAUGAUAAGACCUUUGCGAGUCGAAGACAGUGGUAUUUCUUCAGCCGAAAGAUGCAAAACCGAACUGCAGAAAAUGGAUUUUGGAAGGAGAUAGGUGUUGAUGAGACCAUACUUACAAGCACUGGAAACAAAGUGGGAAUCAAGAAAUAUCUUGUGUUUUACGAUGAUGAUGUUCGCUCUGAGAACAAAACCAAUUGGAUAAUGGAAGAAUAUCGUCUGCUUAUUUCCCCAAAAGGACAGAAUCAGAUCCAAGACCUGGAUGAAUGGGUUCUAUGCCGCGUUCAUGAAGCAAAUAUAAGUUCUGAUGGGUUGAAUUUCCCCGAAGGUGAUGGUGAUGGAGAUGGAGAUGAGCUCUCGUAUCUUGAUGAAGUGUUUUUGUCCUUGGAGGAUGAUCAAGAAGAAAUCAAUUUUCCAUAUUAGAUCAAUCAAUCACGUGUAGAAAAUACUAUAUGUUUUUAUUCUGUUUAAGUUUAUAGCAAUCAGAAAGACAUAUAUGUAUGUAUAGUAUGAUAAAAAGUGAAAAAAAGAAGUAAAAUGAUAAUAAAAUUAAGUACUGUUGUAUAUAUGUGUUCAUGUAUUUGGGUAUUUUAAGAAUUGUUCGUGUAUUGCAAAUAUCAGUAGAAUACUAGAAUGUAUAAAGCGGACCGAAGUUGUGAUCCUUGAAUGA